CAGGGCUCACCUGCCGCGUGCGGGGUUCUGACGCCGGUUCUGGACGUCAGGCUCGCAGCUCUGGUGGUUUAACGGGCCGAGCGCGAGGAGCACAUGCAUUGGAGGGCCCGGCCCCACCCCCGCCCAGCCUGGCCCGGACCUGACCCAUGCUGCAGCAGGGUGCGCCCCGGCUCCCCCGUCCUGGUGGCGCCAUGCCCAUCGUCGACAAGCUGAAGGAAGCGCUGAAACCCGGCCGCAAGGACUCGGCUGACGAUGGCGAGCUGGGGCGGCUGCUGGCGGCCUCUGCCAAGAAGGUGCUGCUGCAGGAUCGACCGGAGGGCGCCGCUCGCCCCCGCGGGGAUGAGCCCCCCGCCCGGAGACCGGGCUGCGAGCGCGCGUACGAGAGCGGAGGCGACGGCGUUCCCGCCCCGCAGAAGGUGCUCUUCCCCGUGGAGCGGCUGUCUCUGAAGUGGGAGCGCGUCUACCGCGUGGGCGCCGGGCUCCACAACCUGGGCAACACGUGCUUCCUGAACUCCACCGUGCAGUGCCUGACCUACACGCCGCCGCUGGCCAACUACCUGCUCUCCCGGGAGCACGCGCGCAGCUGUCCGCAGGGCAGCUUCUGCAUGCUGUGCGUCAUGCAGAACCACCUCGUGCAGGCCUUCGCCAACAGCGGCAACGCCAUCAAGCCCGUGUCCUUCAUCCGGGACCUGAGAAAGAUCGCCCGGCACUUCCGCUUCGGGAACCAGGAGGACGCACACGAGUUCCUGCGGUACACCAUCGACGCCAUGCAGAAGGCCUGCCUGAGCGGCUAUGCCAAGUUGGACCGUCAAACGCAGGCCACCACUUUGGUCCACCAGAUUUUUGGAGGCUGCCUCAGGUCGCGUGUGAAAUGCUCAGUGUGCAAGAGCGUGUCGGACACCUACGACCCCUACCUGGACGUGGCGCUGGAGAUCCGGCAGGCGGCGAACAUCGUGCGCGCGCUCGAGCUCUUUGUGAAGCCGGACGCCCUGAGCGGGGAGAACGCCUACAUGUGCGCCCGGUGCAAGAAGAAGGUGCCCGCCAGCAAGCGCUUCACCAUCCACAGGGCGUCCAACGUCCUGACACUUUCCCUCAAGCGCUUCGCCAACUUCAGCGGGGGCAAGAUCACCAAGGACGUGGGCUACCCCGAGUUUCUGAACAUCCGCCCGUACAUGUCGCAGAGCAGCGGCGAGCCCGUCGUGUACGGGCUGUACGCCGUCCUGGUCCAUUCGGGUUACAGCUGCCACGCCGGGCACUACUACUGCUACGUGAAGGCGAGCAACGGGCAGUGGUACCAGAUGAACGAUUCCCUGGUCCAUUCCAGCAACAUCAAGGUGGUUCUGAACCAGCAGGCCUACGUGCUCUUCUACCUGCGAAUCCCAGGCUCCAAGAAGAGUCCCGAGGGCGCCAUCUCCAGGGCCGGCUCCGCGCUCUCCGGCCGCCCCGGUGGGGCUCCCGCCCACGCGCUGCCAGGUCUGACCGUCCCGCCCGCUGUCUUUCAGAGACCGGACCCGGUGGCCAUGAGGAAGCUGCAGGCCCCCGGGGAGACGGGUGUGCCCGUGUCCAGGAACGGCUUCCUGUCGGGCCUAAAGGCUCAGAAUGGACACAUUCCUCCAAAGCUGCCCUUGGGGUCCCCUUCCCCCCGACUCUCCAAAGCACCCACACCCCUGCCUACCAUCCUGGAUGAGCCUGGAAAGAAAGUCAAGAAGUCGGCCCCCCUGCAGCACCUCUCCCCGCCCCUCAAGACUUCUCCGGGGUCCCACGGGGCCAGCAGCAGGGGUGACAGCCACAGGCCAGGCUCCUGGGAUGGCAGGGGCGCUGGCCUCUCUACCUCACCCAAGCUCGUGCCCACAGCAACCGUCAACGGGCACGAGCCUACGGGCAUUGCCCCGGACAGGGCAGCCUCCAGCAGUUCCAGCCCCGAGCAUUCAGGGAGCAGCGACCCCGCCCAGGGUCCCCCAACCCCCAGGAGCGGGGCCGCCCGCUUCUGUGACUCUCAGGGAAGGACCCCCACGGCCGGCCCGCCCAGGGCGCUGCUGAACGGCGAAGCCCCCACAGUGGUCAAGCCGCGGGCCCCCGCCCUGAGCAGUGUGGCCACUGAGCCCGCAAGCGCCAUGUCUCCUCCACCCGCCAAGAGGCUGGCCCUUUGUGCCAAGAAGGCCAGCCCCCUGCGGAGGGCCCCCGGCACUGACCGAGCGCCGCGCCCCCCGCCACUGUCCGACCUCACCCACCCCAGGAAAGCCACUCACCCCGCUGCCGCCUGCGCCCAGCCUGUGGGUGCCAGCAGGGCUGUGUCACCUGCUCCCGGAUCAUCCAGCAUCCCAAAGCACCCCCACGCCGCCACCCUGCCCAGCAGCCCCCCGAACUCCGCCUGUGCUCCCCUGCCUCAGGUCAACGGGGGCUUUCGGGCCCCCCCACACCAGCCCGAGGCCAGCGAGCCCCUCCAGAGCCUUUGUAAGAAGAGGAAACGGAAGCGCCUGGGAGAGGCCCCGCGGCCGGGCUCAGAGGCUGGGGAGUCAGCGGCCGCUCCUGGAAAGAGGAGGAAGAGGAAGCGCCCCGAGAACACCGACACCGCCCGCCUGCAGGCGGGGCAGGUGCACGGCCAGCCACCAGCUUCCAGCCUGGAGGCAGAGGGCGGGCCGCAGCCCGUGAACGGCCGGGGCCUGGCGAAUGGCUGGCCGGGGAGAUGCAGGACGGACAGCCCCCACAUGAGCAAGAGGAGGAGGAAGGGAAUGGACGGCCUUGGUGGAGAAGGAGAAGCCUGCUUCCGCCAGGACCCUCCUUGGCACAGGAGCUGCUCCCCCUCGGACGCCGAGCCAGAGGCCACGGCAGCAUCUCCAAGGAAAAAGAAGAAAAAGAGAAAGCCGGAGUCCCGGCAGGAAGGAGAAGAGGAGGAGCACCCCGGAGGCUGGAGGGGCCCUGCCGUCCCCGGGAGCAGCCCGGCGCCUGCUGUCAACGGCCAGAGUCCCAGGGGCCUCUCAGGGCCGGAGCAGACUCCUCGGCACUCCUGGUCCAGGGAGCGCGGCGCCAGCGUGGUGUGGGAGCUGCUCGAAUGCGCGUCGGAUAAGGCCUACGGGAAGAAAGUUCUGACGUGGGGCGGCGAGGUGUCGGCUGUCAGCCGGGAUGCCAUGCACGACAGCAGGUUGGCCCGCGCCUCCGCGGUGAUCGACGACUGGGAUGAAGAGUUCGAUCGUGGGAAGGAAAAGAAAAUUAAAAAGUUCAAGAGAGAAAGGAAAAGAAACUUCAAUGCCUUCCAGAAACUUCAGAAUAGACGGAACUUUUGGUCGGUGACUCAUCCCGCCAAGGCUGCCAGCCUCAGCUACCGCCGCUGAGUACUGCUGCCGGGAGAGACGCUCGGAGACGGCAUCGCUUCCUGGGAGCGGUCCGUGUGGGCUCCUGGCUGGGGCACCCCCGGGCCUGCACCGCC